GCGCUCGCUUUUUCCAUGCCCGAGGAAGCAGGAGGAGACGAAGCGAGUCCCGCCCCCUUCUCCGCUCCGCCCAGCGGCCGCUUCCCCAAACCACCCGCGUCCUCCUCGCCGGGAAGCGACUACGUUGCCGGGCGUUGCAUCAGCUGCCGGUGGCGCCUGCGUGUUCGCCGCACCUGGGCGAGUUUCCGGGCCGCUCCGGCUGUCAUUGGCGUCUCCUGCGGAGUGAAAGCGGCUCAGCCGGAGUGGCAAGCAAGCAAGCAAGCAAGCAUGGAGGCAGCGGAGCCGCCGCCGCAGCAGAUUGUUGCUAGGGAAGAUAAGAAGAAAGAAGCAGGAAAGAAGAAAAGCAAGGAGGGAACUGGUGAUGGUGGUCGCACAGAGCUGAGUCCCUGGCCUGAAUACAUUAACCAACGGCUAGAAAUGUACCAUAAACUUAAAGCAGAACAUGAUGCACUUUUGGCGGAACGAGCUGCUAAAGAAAGCCAACCCAUUAAAGUUACCUUACCUGAUGGCAAGCAAGUUGAUGCUGAAUCCUGGAAGACGACACCAUACCAAAUUGCCUGUGGCAUCAGUCAAGGAUUGGCUGACAACACCGUUAUUGCUCAGGUGGACAAAGUAGUUUGGGAUCUAGAUCGUCCUUUGGAGGGAGACUGUACCUUGGAACUACUCAAGUUUGAUGACGAAGCAGCACAAGCGGUGUACUGGCAUUCAAGUGCCCAUAUAAUGGGUGAAGCUAUGGAGAGAGUGUAUGGUGGCUGUCUGUGUUAUGGCCCACCAAUAGAGAAUGGAUUUUAUUAUGAUAUGUUCCUUGAAGACGGGGGUGUCUCUAGCAAUGACUUUCCUGCUUUGGAGACGUUGUGCAAGAAAAUUAUGAAGGAGAAGCAACUUUUUGAGCGUCUAGAAGUUAAGAAGGAAACAUUACUUGAAAUGUUUAAGUAUAAUAAGUUUAAGUGCCGGAUCUUGAAUGAAAAGGUCAACACGCCAACUACAACUGUGUACAGGUGUGGCCCUUUGAUAGAUCUUUGCAGGGGACCCCAUGUCAGACAUACUGGUAAAAUAAAGGCAUUAAAAAUACACAAGAAUUCCUCUACAUAUUGGGAAGGAAAGUCUGAUAUGGAAAGCCUGCAGAGGAUUUAUGGCAUUUCAUUUCCAGAUGCAAAAAUGCUGAAAGAAUGGGAAAAGUUCCAAGAGGAAGCGAAGAAUAGAGAUCACAGAAAGAUUGGACGGGAUCAAGAACUAUUUUUCUUCCAUGAACUCAGUCCUGGCAGCUGCUUCUUCUUACCAAAGGGAGCUUACAUCUAUAAUGCACUGAUAGAAUUUAUCCGGUGUGAAUAUCGAAAGCGAGGAUUCCAGGAAGUUGUCUCUCCAAAUAUCUUCAAUAGCAAGCUCUGGAUGACCUCGGGGCACUGGCAGCAUUACAGUGACAACAUGUUUUCGUUUGAAGUUGAAAAAGAGAUUUUUGCUCUGAAGCCCAUGAACUGCCCUGGACAUUGCCUGAUGUUUGAUCACCGGCCGAGAUCCUGGCGGGAGCUGCCACUGCGGCUAGCUGACUUUGGAGUUCUCCACCGCAAUGAGCUGUCUGGGGCGCUUACGGGGCUCACCCGAGUGAGGCGGUUCCAGCAGGAUGAUGCUCACAUAUUCUGCGCCAUGGAGCAGAUUGAAGGGGAAAUAAAGAGCUGUCUGGAGUUCUUGCGUGCUGUGUAUGAUGUGUUUGGAUUUUCCUUCAAACUCAAUCUUUCCACCCGUCCUGAUAAGUACCUUGGAGAUGUUGAAGUGUGGAAUCAAGCUGAAAAGCAACUUGAAAAUAGCCUCAAUGAAUUUGGUGAGAAGUGGGAAUUGAACCCUGGGGACGGAGCUUUCUAUGGGCCUAAGAUUGACAUUCAGAUUAAAGAUGCCAUUGGCCGAUACCACCAGUGUGCUACAAUCCAGCUGGAUUUCCAACUCCCAGUAAGGUUUAAUCUCACAUAUGUAAGUCAUGAUGGUAAUGACAAGAAAAGGCCAGUUAUUAUACACCGUGCUAUCUUGGGAUCUGUGGAGCGGAUGAUCGCUAUCCUGACAGAAAAUUAUGGAGGCAAAUGGCCUCUGUGGCUGUCUCCCCAGCAAGUGAUGGUGGUACCAGUUGGACCAACAUGUGAUGAAUAUGCCCAGAAGGUAAAGCAGCAGUUCCACGAUGUUGGGUUAAUGGUAGACGUCGAUGUGGACCCUGGCUGCACACUGAACAAGAAGAUAAGAAAUGCUCAGCUUGCACAAUGCAACUUUAUUUUGGUUGUUGGUGAAAAGGAAAAGGCGAGUGGAACAGUUAAUAUCCGCACCAGAGACAACAAGGUUCAUGGUGAACACACUGUGGCUGAAACAGUGGAGAGGCUGCUACAGUUGAAACAUUCACGCUGCAAAAAUGCUGAAGAAGAGUUUUAGCUAAGUCCGUGUUAGAUUCGUAUGAGAGCUAGAUUUUUUAUUUCCCUGUAUGAUUAACUGGUGGACAUAUUUGCACUGCUUUAUAUUCAACAAGGGAAAGGGGUUUGUCAAACUAUUCUGUGUUCUUGGAAAUUAAGCAGAGUUCUAGAAGGUCCAUUUUGCAUACAGAGUGCAGUUGUCUUGAUUGCUAAAUGCAGUUUUAUGAUGCUGUAUAAAUUGGGCUCUAGUUACAAUGUAAUGAUCGGGGAUUAAACAGCUGUAGUGACGCCAAUGUGUUCUCCUUUUUAAAGACAGAAAUUUGAAAAUAAAUGCCUUCUGAAUUUCAACAAAA